AUGCCUGCGCCGAAGCAAAGGAAGAUGGCCAUCGUCGGCAGCCGAUCCGUAGGAAAGUCGUCCCUGGCGGUUCAAUUUGUUGACGGGCACUUUGUAGAUAGCUACUAUCCAACGAUCGAGAAUACUUUUAGCAAGACAAUCCGGUAUAAAGGCCAGGACUAUGCCACAGAAAUUGUUGACACUGCGGGCCAGGAUGAAUACAGCAUCCUGAAUUCCAAACAUUUCAUUGGCAUACACGGUUACAUGCUUGUGUAUUCAGUCUCAUCUCUGCCUUCAUUUGAAAUGAUCCAGGUCAUCAGGGAAAAGAUCCUUAACCACCUGUACCGCCUGGACUGCGGCCAACAGGGGAGCGAAUCUGUCCCUAUCGUCAUAGUCGGUAACAAGAGCGACCUACGACCUGAACAACGCCAAGUGAGCCCAGAGGAAGGGAAGAAGCUUUCAGAGAAGUUCCAAUGCGGCUGGACCGAGGCAAGCGCGCGAUAUAAUGAGAACGUUGGUCGCGCGUUCGACCUGCUGAUCGCCCAGAUCGAGAAGUCACAGAACCCUGGCGAGGCCCCAGAGAAGGGCAACUGUUCUCUAAUGUAA